AUGCAGGCCCCUGAAAAAGAAACUAUGGAUUCUCUGUGGAGUGAUCUUCCUAGAGAUAUUGUGGAAAUGGUACUGCUUUUCCUACCCUUGGCAAGCGCUAUGCAGUUUAAAAGCGUGUGCCAAGAGUGGAGGGAAUUUUUAGCCUCAAAUCGCUAUUACAGGAGAAGAUCCAAGGUGAAGCAGAAGGAGCCAUGGCUCUUUCUCUGCACAUCAGGGAUGUUUUCAUGUGCCUUCGAUUUUUCACUAAAACGCUGGCACAAGAUUCUCAAUCCUCCUAUCUAUAGACAAAGUAUUGUUAGCGCUAGCGGGAAUUUGGUUUGUCUGGGGAAUUUAGUGGCGGAUUGCAGAGCGUUAAGCAUCUGUGACCCGGUCAGAAAGUUAGUGAAAAAUCUGGCACCCAUGAAUAAGAUUCAGUUCAUACAUAAAGUUAGCUUGAAUCUUCACAAAGACGAGACGUAUAAGAUCGUGGUGGUGGGAGAGAACGACCGCGCUGUGAACAAUUUUGGAGGAUUACUGACAGAAGUUUAUGUUUCCGAGACCCAGAUUUGGAGAAUGUCAGGGGAAACAAUGGCUGAAGCCAAAUUUGGGCUGGAUGCAGGCGUUUGGAUAAACAAUCGAUUUUAUUGCAUUGUAGAGAUGCCCUAUGGCGUUGUUAUUUUCGACCAGAAAAGAGAUGCGUGGGAAGAGUUGGACGCUAAAAUGCCUGCAGAUUGUAAUGGAAUUUCCUCGCCUUGCCUUGUGGAAUGCAGGGGCCGUUUGUUAAUGGUUCUGAGGAACAGUAAUAGUAAAUUUCAGAUCUGGGAACUCGUGAAAAAGAGGGGUGGAUUAAAGGAAAAGGAGGACUAUGAAUGGGUUUUAUUGGAGGAAACGCCCGAGCAUAUUGAGCUACAAUUCAUGGAUGCUUUCAUGACAUCGUCUGCCAAAUCAGAGAGAUUAAUAUGUUGUGGAGUGGGGGAGUGGGUGUGCAUAAUGACUCAGCUCGGUCCGAGUGCGUUGGGUUUUGACAUGGUUAAGAAAAAGUGGGAAUGGAUAGGUAAAGACCCUGCUUUUCCACAAGGUCGCAAUUCCCAUCUCUACGCCUUUCCUCUUCACCCCAUAUCAUGCUGUCAAUUGUGA